AUGGCGUUUUUGCAUUCCGUGCUCAAAGAUGUCCACGAUAAACAGCCUUACAAAGUAGGAAAAGAUUACUUAAAUGAGAACGUUGUGAAGCUUUUGAAUGGUAAAUUAUGUUUAGGUCAUAAUGGUUUUAAGAGAGUCAUUGAGACUGUGGCGCAAGGUGUCGGGGAGUAUAAUAAGGAAGUGGAGGGGAGUAAUGAGAGUGUCAAAACUAUUAUAACUGGGAUGCAGAGGAAUAUGGAGAGUCUUCAAACUCAGGUGAGUGAAAUUUUAAAUGAUAAUCUUGUUGCAGGUGAUCCGGAGCUCAAGAAGGCCAAGAGGAAUGUGGACCUUGUUCUCAGGGAGUGCAAACUCCACGCCGAGACAUUUCUAGCACACAUAGGUAGCGCACAAAAUAAGAUACUAGACUUUAAUAAUGACUGUAAAACUAGUGUAAUUAAUUCCAAAAAUAAUAUUUGGUAUGCAGCUAGCCGACUUAGGUCGCUGUCAGAUAAGGAGCUACGACACUUUACGGCAACGAAAAGUAGCAUUGUAGGCGCCCUUGAGUUUUUAAAAAGCGCCGUUGAUAAGAAAAUUCGUGUUAAAGUUACUGCGCUUGUCGAACAGCUGAAAGGCGCAGUUUCCGAUAUUCUGAGACAGCUCAACAACAUAUAUCACCAGCUGGAAACGUACGUCCACGAAAUGGAGAAUUUGCUUGAAGAGGCGGAUAUGAUUUUCAAGUCUACAAUGCAUGAUGUUAAUGCAAUUAUAAUGCAGGAGCCCGGAAAAAAUAUCCGGGAAAUCAUCGAUGGCAAAGCGGGGCAAUUAAAGUCGUAUGGAGAGUGGCUUGGGAAGUAUAUUGAGGAUGUUACGAGAUUGACUGGUCAUGUUAGAGUUGAGGUCAACGGUUUGGAAGAUAAGCUUAAAGAAGAUUUGGGGAUGUUAAGGAGUAAGAUUAAGGCUGCGGUAACCGAAUAUGCUAAGGAUUAUGUCACCAAAGUGCACAACGAAGUGAAGCUGAUUAAGGGAAAGUCUAAGGACCAAGGCCUGCAGGGAUUCGUUGAACACGUGAAGGAUACAUACGCCGCAAAUUUUAAAGAGCCAAGUACGUUUGGCGGCGUGGUGCAAAGAUGGAUUGAUGAAAUUCUGAAAAGUGAUGUUGUAGUAAAAGAGUCUAUGAAGUUGUAUGUAGGAAGUAAUGACGAUGAUAAGUUUAACGACAAAUGGGAUCGCGGCACGAAUACUAUCAGCACUGAUCAUACGGGGAGUGUCGCAACUUUAAUAACCAAUCAGCUGAGGGGAGAUGUUAUUACACAGGCUGUUGAUGCAGCCAAAAGACUUGCACAGAGGGCGGAAAACACCAUACAAAAGAAUCUGGAUUACGUACAGAGUGUUUGUGAACAAUUUGCCAAGCAGCUCGAUAAAAAAUUUAAGAAAGCUGAAGAUAUUGUAGCUGACCAAACCUAUAAGGGAAUUGGCGCGGUUGCAAAAACUAUAGCCGAUCAGGUUGACACAGUUUUUUUGAAGGGGCCGGAACAUAAGAAAGACGGUUAUGAUAACCAUUUCCUCACUACCGCCAUCGAAGCGACCUUAGCUGCUCUGACGCAUGUUGCCAGGCAAUUCGCCGACGAACUGAAAUCAUUAACUGGAACGAACGCUGAGGAGAUCAAGAAGGUGGACGAUGCCUAUGGUAAAGCCGGGGAGCUUGACGGGGAACUCGGGGCGGCCCUCCGCUCCACCGCUGGCACCUAUAACAUCGAUCACAGCGUUUCUAUUAAGGAUCCAAUUCAUGAAAAAUUCUCGGGAAAAGUUGAGGAGCAAUUUAAAAAGACGCACUCGGGUGUUGUUGGUGAUGGCAAAGACAUAAAUCUUGCCCAAGCCGCGACCCAAUAUAAUACUUACAAAACAAGUAAGGUUGACGACGCGGUUACAAACGCUAUCAACAAAGCCAAGGAAAUCACUGUAAAUGAUGCGAAUGCUGAGCUCACAGAUUUCUCGCAGAAAAUAAAGGACAACCUCAACGUUUUAUUGGAAGCAUUCUCGCAUACAGGAAUUGCUGUUAAUGAUCGAUUGGAAAGACUGAAAACAUUGCUCUAUAAUGUUGAAGUGACAAUCAAUAACAAAGACCAAAAAGGUAUGAACGAAAUUAAGAAUGAGCUCAAGAGGCUGUACAAAACGCUGCUUGAUGGUCCCGCUAGAGACGCUCAGAACUUCCUUAAAAAUGCCGAGCACUUGCGCGAUUCAACCAUCAACAAACUCAAUGAAGACGUCACCCAACAGGUGAACGAGACCAUUCUCUACCUCACCACCCGCGCCCGCCGCAACUACGUCACCUCCGUCAAGGCGCUGCUCAAGGCCUUCGCUGCGAAGGCCACGCAGGAGCUGCAGGCCUUGCCCGCCGCGAUCGAGGAGGACCUGCGCAUAGGGUUCAAGGGGUUUAUGAGGAAGGUGCAGGGGGAGUUUAAUGGUAAUGAAACAUCUGAUGUUAAUAUCAAGAGGCUUCAGAAUGGUUACGAUCUACAAUCACUCUGCAAUGGCUUCGAAAGAUUUUAUGCGCCACUCCACACAUAUCUCCUAGCAGAGGUUAAGAGACUUCACAAGGAAGAAUGUGAGAAGAAUCAGAAAACUACAACCGAAGAAGCUCACUACAGUGACAAACUUACUGCCAUUUAUUCUGCACUUACCGCACUAACUUCCCACAUUCACAGUACGAAUAGAUACGACUAUCAGCUACCUAGUAAACUUACAGCAGUACAAUCAGCAAUUAACGCCCUCACUCCAAAUGGCUUCUCUAACCCUAACACUGCUAUACUUGACGGCCUCACAGAAGGGCUUAGGAAAUUUGUUGAACAGCUAAACAAGGCGUACAUCAGCAGGUAUGACGGUGCGACGGCGAUUAAGGAGUGGGAGGCUGAUGGUCCCAAGAAGGAAGAUGGCUCUGAUAAUAAGAUCCUGACGCAGGACGGAAGAAACGGCGCGAAGGUGUUUUUGACCUGUGUGAGGACGCUCUUCAAUGAGUUGUAUAAUGUGUAUUACCACGGCGGUCAUAAAUGGAGAUCGCAGGAAAUCCAAGGCAAAGGGAAUGAAACAAAAUACAAAGAGUUCUUGCACAACUCGGGUUACGACGUCGUGAACCUUAUCACCAAAGACAACACCGGUUGGAAUGUUUCAAUCAGAUUGGCUAAAGCAUUCAAAAAGCACCAAGAAUUUAGUGAGUAUCCAGAUAAAUUCAACUCAGUCAAUGACUGCAUGGACCAUUUCAGUAAACAUCAAGGUCUUCUAUCAAGGCUCUUCGAUCACCUUGAACAGUAUUACCAAAAACAGUAUAACUUGCCGAGCGCCGAAUUACCAGCCGCGCUGCAUCCCAGAAUGAGCGACACAAUUCAAUCACCUCUAAAGCCUAGCCACCUAAUAGAUGCACUUGGCAGAUCGUGUGCCUACGCCCAAGACUCUCUAAUCGCAAUCCUCGGUCACGGCCACGAAGGUGGCCGGUACGCCGUCGAGUUUAAUACUAAUACAGAUAACUUAGAUUAUCCAAGCAGCCCAGCUAAAUGCUUUGACUUACUGUUAGAAAUAUCAUCUAGGGUAUAUAAUCAAAUGCGUUUCCUAUAUAGCCAGUGUCAGAACGGUCCUAGUCGUGGUGGCUGGGCGGACUGCUGGUACGGCAGGGGAGUCGCCGGUUCAUCGUGGAACUGCAACACCCUGCAAUGUCCAGACCAACCAUACAACCAAAUAGGUGAACAAAAGCAUAACCAAACAUGUAGUCAAAAGUGUAACCAAACUGUUGAGUGCGGUUUGAAAUCGCCACUCCAGUCGUUCCUCGAAGACGGCUUACAAGGUUUCCUUCCACAUACCCUUACCAAGCUUGGCUGUGGAGUAGAAUGUUCAGUUGGUAAGCACAGGGGGUUACCGUGUAAGACGCCUAUGGGAUUUGGAGACAUCUGUGUAACAGCGUCACAUACUAAAAAUGGUGAAUUUCUCAAGAAGGUGCUUCACAGUUUCUGUGGCCAAGAAAAAUCUCACCUCAGUAAGUUCUGCGGCAUAGUAAAUUGCCUCAUGCAACGUCCACCUCAAACCCUGGGAGACAUGUUUGCGUUCUACUAUGGCUACCUUGAGAACUGGGAAGGAGGUGACAAAGGAAAAGACACCCUUAGUAAGAAGCAUAAACAUGACGCAUUUGAAAAGGCAGUCAAGGAAGCAUGUUUCGGAUCGACCUUCGAGUUUAAUCUCAUAUCAAUUUUCGAAAGCACUCGCCAUAGCGGCAAGCAUAUUACCCACGAAAAAGGUGACUUGUUCAGGAUUGUCCAAUGCCCGUAUAGCUUGGAAGAUACAUGCGGGUUUUUCUGA